AUGUAUCAUUAAAAAUAAAGUACCAUAUAUAAAUCAACUUAGUCUAUCCUCAAGCUAAUUAAGAAGAAUUCAAAAAUGAAGAUAAUCGUUAAAAUGUCAAAAAUGCAAGAGAAGAAAUUGAGGAACUUGAAGAUGAAAAAGAAUUUGAUGGGAAAUAUUAAAAGUGUUUAUUUAAAUGUGGAGAAUGCUUGAAGUGUUACGGAACUUAUUGCCCAUAUAACAUUAUUGUAGGAAAAACCUUUCGUUAAAUUCAGCAAGGAUUUGCUGGGGUACUUUUGCGUUUUGGGAAAUAUAAUAAAACAAGUUAAAUUGUUUAUAUUAGUAGCUUCUGCUGGAAUACUUCAGUUAAAUCCGUGUACUGAUACUUUAUUUAUUGUUGAUUGCAGAACUUAACUGUUGAAUUACGAAAAUUAAUCAGUAAUAACUAAAGACAACAUUUAAAUUGAAGUCAGUGUCUCUUUAUAUAUGAGAGUUAUAGAGCCAAAAAGAAUGAUUUUCAACAUAUAUGGUUUUGAAUAAGCAAUUGUUGGGUUAACCUAAACGUCUAUUAGAAGUGUCAUAGGAGCUUUUACAUUUUAAGAUUUACUUUCAAAAAGAAAUGAAAUCUAGAUCUGCAUAAAAGAGUUUGUGGAAACACACGCAAUAGAUUGGGGUAUCGAAAUAGAAGCAAUCAUGAUAAAUAAUAUUUAAAUGGAUUAACAGACAUAGAAUACAUUGGCAUAAGUAGCCACAGAAACAAGGUUAAUAAAAUUCAUAUUAUUUAGAGCAGCAUAAGCCAAAAUUCUGAUGGCAUAAUCGAACGUUUAAUCAGCAAGAAUGAUGAAGGAAGCUGCUGAAAUGUUAAAUAGUAGGGCUGCAAUGCAAAUUAGAUAUUUAGAAGUCGUAGGAAAUGUUGGAAACGAGACUUAAACAAAAGUUGUGAUUAUGUGA